AGUGCAUGGUUUCAUUAUACAACUGCCAAACUCAUUUUUGACGAUAAAAUUCUAAUUCUUGCUUUUAAUUUACACCUGUAAAAGCUGUCGACCUUUCAGAAAGUUAAAAAUGGUGGUGAUACGUCAAGAAUUAGUGGAUUCCAUUAAAAAAGUUUUAUUUAUUCUGAGUACAUGCUUACUUGUUUUUGUUGCUGCUAGGAAUUCUAUUACAUGGCAUUUACAGAGAUUCUGGGGUGCCUCUGGUGAUUUUUGGCAGAGACAAUGGGAGAAUGUUUAUGUAUUAUUUGGUUCGAGUGACGCUCUAGUGUGUAUUGUUGGAACAUUUAUUAUAACAACAGGAAUAUUCUGGUUGGCCAACGCUUUCUUUAUGAUAAUAGACCUGACUGGCAAACCUGUGGCUUUAUUUCGCUAUAAAAUACAACCUGAGAAAAAUAACCCACUACCAAAAGAAGAUUUAUAUAAAGCAGUAAAACAAGUCUUGUACAACCAGGUGGUUAUCGGUAUCCCGUUUAUUUGUGUGGCGUAUCAGGCAAUGAAAUGGCGUGGAUGUGGGGUUGGCGGAGAAUUGCCGACUUUCCAUUGGGUAUUAUUAGAGUUAUCUGUCUUUACACUGUUUGAAGAAAUCGUCUUCUAUUAUUCCCACAGGUUAUUACAUCAUCGAGCUAUUUAUAAAUACAUCCACAAACGACAUCAUGAAUGGACUGCUUCGAUUGGUCUUGUAGCUCUCUACGCCCAUCCUAUUGAACAUAUAUUUAGUAAUUUAUUACCUCCAUUUAUUGGGCCAUUAUUAAUGGGAUCACAUAUUGCUACAUCUUGGAUGUGGUUCUGUAUAGCCUUGAUAUCCACCACCGUGGCUCAUUGUGGCUACCAUUUCCCCUUUCUUCCAUCUCCUGAGGCUCACGAUUACCACCAUUUAAAAUUCAACCAGAAUUAUGGGGUAAUGGGAGUUUUAGAUCGUCUACACGGCACUGACGAUUUAUUCCGUGAAACCAAAGCCUAUCAACGCCAUUUUCUACUGUUGGGAAUGACCCCUGUCUCACAGCAAUAUCCUGAUAGUCCCAAGAAAAAGGCUGAAUAG